AUGUGCCGCUCCAUCCCACUCUUCCUCGCCUCCCUGGCGUUUGCUGUUGCAGUCAGCAAGCAACUGGGGAACGCGGAGGCCUCUCCCUCUGCAUCCGAGGUGGCUCUGCAUCACGACGAAGCUCAAGUGAGAAGUGAAGAAGUCUUUGCUCGCGAGGCAAGCUUGAAAGAAUCCGGGAGGCGCUUCAGGACAUCACUGGCUAUCGCCUCUCUAGUGGCAGCCGUUGCUGCACUUGUAUUUGUUAUUUCCCACUGCUUUAGAGGGCUCGAAUCCAAACGCACUUUUAGUGGCCAGGGAGUAGUUGCUCGACGACUUGCAUGGGAGGAUGGAUCGGAUGAGGAAGGAGAGGGGGCAUGCGCCCCUGGUUACGGUUUCUUCGGUGGCGUACCCGUUGCUAAGGACGGAUCAGGAUCACCUGUAAGAGUCCUCGUUUACAUCCAAGACGGAAAACCUUUUUUUCAUCAUCCUAAAACUGAACGGGAAGUUCCCCUUAUAGUGAAGCAUGUAGACGGCGUAGGUCUGAUGCUGCACGAAGCGGGUACCCAUUUUGACCUUGAAUGGCUGAUGUACCACCCAGACGAACCGAAGCCCUCAGAGGGAGGCGAAUCAGCUGGAGAAGGAGCAGAGGAGGGUGAGGAAGCAGCAGCGGGUGGAGAAGAGGAAAAGGCAGACUCAGACUCCAGCUCCAGUGACAGCGAGGCUGAGGGAGGAGAAGAAGACAGACCAAAAGCGGAAAGAAUUGUGUAUAAACCCCCACAAGAAGAAUGGACUCAUGAGGAAAACCCGGAGUUUCCUUACGUGGUGUUCAUAAGUGGCAUGCCAUUUCAAGUUGAUGCAAACAACGGAGAGCUCCAAAAAGUUCUGUUAGAGACCCGACAUGGCGAGCUUGUUUUCAUGCAUCCUGUAUUCGGGCAGCCAAUGAAGCUUGGUCUCGUUGAAGGGGACCUAAGGAGUUCAGAAGGCUUUACGGUCACUGAAUUAGUUGAAAAGAUUAAAGAAAUGGGACCGCCAUAG